GGCACACUUGUCUGUUUAACUCUCCCUGCCUGACAAGGCUUCUUCCAGUGGGGAAGGUCAUGCUGGGUCCUGACAUUGAGCAUGCACACCUGCUCCAGGAAGCCCAAGUGUGUUGGCUCCUAUCUGUAAGGCGGUCAGUGAACCCCCCCCCCCGCCCAUUGCUAAAUAAGGGACAGAUGCAGACUGGCCCUUCUGCACAAAAGAGGGGGUGAGUAAUCUUUUCAUAGAGCAGGAAUGACAAAGAAGCACAAACGUGUUUGAAUAUUGUUUCUGUAUAAAGGGCUUGCUUUUGAAACACAGCAAUGACUAGAAUACUUUUAUUAUGACUUCCUAACCUUUCUUCAGUACGGAAUUACAUACCAGGAGUUCUUGGAUUCUUGUGAGCUUUUCUAAUUGCAAAUAGUCCUGCCUGCUAGAUGAAGUCUGACAGUCACAAGGUAUCCUUCUCUUGCAAGAGAUGCAAGAGAAGAGAUGUUGCAUCUCCCUGGACUGGGAAUGCAGCUCAGCACCAGAGUCCAGCAAAACACUCCCCAGAGAAGAGUCCAGGAAGAGUCACGAUUGGAAAAGGGAGAAGCUCCUAAUAUGGCAAAUGACAGCACUGAAGAACUGCCAUCCAAGGAGACAUCAGAGGAUGAGGAACAUAUCUAUGAGACUGUGUUAUGUCUUGACAAAGCAGAGCCAAACCACCAAAUGGCUGUGGAUGAGCUCAUCACUACAGAGGCUAACUAUGUACAUAACCUGCAGCUCUGCAUUUUUGAUAUCCAUGAUCAUCUCCAGAAAAAGCAGCUGCCUGAAAUUGACCUGGAAGGAUUGUUCUCUAAUAUAGAUGAUGUCCUGCACGUUUCCAAAUGUUUGUUGAAAGGACUUGAAGAUUCUGUGAACCAGGAACAUGAGCAACUUUUUCAUAUCA